AUGUGGGGCAUCUUCCAAUCCGAUCUGAAGGGGGACGGACUGUCAACCCAGGGUCGGCUGUCUGAUACUCUGUCAGCUCGUUCAUAUUUCGAUAUCGAUGGGAUCCGGAUAGGACAAAAACGCGGCAGGUCCCGCGAUGUAACGCCCGGGAUUGACGAAGAAGACGAUGAUGGGGCGAAAUCGUCGGCUCAACCCCCUAGCAAAAAAGCCAAGAUCAUCACUAGUAGCGCCAGCAGCAGCCACGAAUUUCCCAUAGUACAAGUGAAACCGGUAAAAAGACGUGGACGACCUCGAUUAAGAGAUAGCGGGGAGGAUGCGGCUCAGACACGUCGAUCGCAGAUCCGUCGUGCACAGCAAACAUAUCGCCUCAAAAAGGAAACCACAAUCAAGACGCUUCGCGAAGAAGUGGAACGACUGCAACAGACGUUACGUACAGUGGCUGGCGGUCUCGCUGAGCUCCGUGACGUUGCCUUGGGCUUCAACCUGGAGCUGGCAGAUAGAAACCUCCCCUCUUUGGUAUCGAGAAGGGCAGACCAUUUACUUACGGAGAUUGAACACUCUUGCCAGCUGUCGGGCAGUGUAGACCGGCAUGAUGAUCCUCGCCCAUUACCCAGUCUAAGCCAGCAACACCCAGUCCGCGGUAUUCCCAAGGCAUCCGAAGGGGAUAAUCUUGACGACGACGACGACGACGACGACGACAUGUUUGGAUACCAGGUAUCGCACCAGCUGUCGGCAGGCGACGGCAAAACGUUUCUUGUUGUGAAAGAAAUGCAACGAAACCCGGCACUGCAUGGGUUGCGGCACUGGUGGAAGGAACGGACAGCAGCACCAGGAGGAGGAGGAGGAGGAGGAGGAGGAGGAGGAGGGCAAGUCCCGCCGCGGCACGUGCUCAACAACGCCAUUUCCAUGCCGGCCACGAUCUCAACCCACCCUGCGUUUGAUCUCUACCACCAGGAGCCUGAAUUCCAUCGGCAGCUACUUCGGUUCUGCCUGGAACGGUCGUACCAAUGGUUUGUGGAUCCGGAGGCAGACCGUGAGGCAUUCCUGCGGGUAUUUGGGCUGGCGCUGCCCUGUCUGCGCGAUGACCCGUCGAUGGUCAAGUACCUGUACGAGCAGUACCUGAAUGGUGCGUCUGAGACCUCUCCGGGCUUGCUCAAAAUGCCCUUCUACACCAUCGGGGGCGCGGCAACUCAUUACCCGCGUCGCGACAGGACGGGGAAGAAGAUCUUCCCGCCCAAUAUGCGGACGCCGCAGCGGAUUAUCGGCCGGCUGAUCGAGUACAGCGGUGGUGGCAAGGAUGUGCCAGCGGACAUGCACCCGGACGAGGCGCUGAAGUACCUGGGCUUCGAGGGUGAGUGGUUCGAUUGCCAUGACGUGCAGGGGUUUCUCGAACAGAGGGGGAUCAUCUUUGAUCGGUCAUCAUUGUUUGCCGAGGUCCCGGAUGCCACCAUCCAAUCUCUAUAUGAAAACACACGCACUUUACAGGACCAAGCCCCUCUUGGCCAGGCGGUGGGUUUGGAAACCGUGUCGUUUGACGCUAGUCAGACAAUAUAUGAUAAUGACGAGGUCGUGUCUUCUUCAGGCCAUAGGCUGGUCCUACGGAACGAUGAUGGACCCCCCUCUGAGAGCGUCACUUUUGAUUACUUUCUUGAUAUCGAGUGCUUUUUCACCCUUCUCUUGCAGAAGGUCAGAAUGCUCGGCCGAGCUCCGGGAUUCCGCAAAUCCGACGUGGAAGAUGCCCUGAGAACCGCGGUGCGCAAGCGACCUUGA